AGGGCGCAGCGCUUUCGCAGGCUCUGCUGGCCUCGGCGGGAGGUGACGGCCUUGGAACCUUCCCUAGGGGCUCGGUCCCCGCGCCUCCCGACUCCCAGGGUCUCCCAUCUAGCUGAGGGCAAACCUCCGUUUUCCUCGCGGCCGCCCGCCGUCCCGCCCCGGUCCUCCCUGGCUUCGCAGGCGCCCUCUCCCCGCCGCGGCCCCCCACACCUCCACCGGGGACCUUCGGGCUGGACGAGGGAACUUCUGAGGAGACCCCAGCCGACCACAGGGCAGCGAGGGAUGGACGCGGGCUCCUAGCAUCCUCCGUGGCAGAAGCCCCAGGACGUCAGUGAUUUUCUUGAAAUUGCAUGCUCCGAUUUGUUUGAAAUAAAGGAUCUUGUGACUGGCUUUGCUUGAUUGGUCGUUUGUAUCUCAACAAGCAUGGAGAUGAGAUUAGAAGUUUUGACGUCAACAAGUAUCAAGCAGAAAAAACCCUGGCCCAGAGUAUCCUGGUUAGGUCAAGAAAAUGAAGCUGUUUUUCUUUUGGAUGAGAAAUUCAUAAAUGAAAUUAAUUUGCUGUCAGGAAGAACAAAGAAGAAAAUUCCCAGUCUGCAGCCUUUGUUGAAGGAUGUUGUUUUCCUGGCAACGUCUACUAAUGAUGUGUGGCUGUCUGGGGUCCUUAGUACAGGAGAGCUGUUCCUGUGGAACAAAGAUCAGGAUUGUUUGAAAAAAAUACAAGUCACUGAAAAGCCUAAAGAAGUAAUUAAAGCUACAGUAGCAAGCUCUUCAAGACUAUACUUAUAUGUAGCUGAAAAUGGGAAAAGAAUUCUGCUUAUUACAUCUUCUGGCUGCAUACUUCUGUGGGAAUAUUUGGAAUUGAAGAAUAUCCUAUCUUCUAAAAGCCUUUCUCUGAUGGGUCAGUGGUCCCAGAUUGUGCCUGAAGAAGCAGUUUUAUUACCUUCCACUAAAGAUAAAGAAGCUGUAGUGGACGCUGUUUUUGUACAAAGCGAGUUACUUGGCGACUGCUGCCUGUGCUCCUUUACUUUUUAUUCUGGAGAAUGCUUGAAGUUAACAUUUCUGGCCAUUCACUGGUAUGAGAAUAUAUUUACAUCUGUAAGGCCAUUGCUGUUCCGUGUUCACUGGGCACAGCAGGAAUGUCUCGUGUGCAGUCUGAUUCCUAAGUGUGCUCCACUAAAGUCAAGAGGAGCUCUGAUCUCUGCCUUCUCAAGGGACGGCCUUGCCCUGGCAGUGACUCUUAAUCAGAAAGACCCAACGGCAACUCAGGUGUUAUUUAUAAACACAUUGAAUUUUGUUACUCUCUCUGGUGGCCUUAAAGGAUGUAGUAAUAAGAAUCCCGUGCUCCCAGCAACACUUACGAGGUCAUAUUGGGUAGGUGACAUCAGCUGGACACAUGACAGUCUUUUUCUGGCUUGUGUAUUAAAACGUGGCUCCCUGGUUUUAUUGACCUGCCUAGGUGAAUUGCUAACAUUAGUUACAUUUGGUUGCUCUAUAGAAUUUGGGCCAGCUGAAUUCAUUCCUCUUCAUCCACUAAUAACAUAUAGACCACAGCAGCUUCCGUGUCAAGAUUCAAAUAAUGCUGUAGAUUCGUCAGCCUCUGAGAGCGACCCUCUGAGACAGAGGUUUUCUGUAAAAGCACACUCACGGCUACCCUACCUUAUUGUCUCUGAUGGAUACAUGGUCACAACCCUCCGGUCUCUUGAUAACCAGUCUCCAACAGUGCUCAUGAGGUCCUUGCUUCUUGAUUCCACCCAGAGGCUUGAGAAAGCGUACCAGAGUAUGAUGCUGUCUAAGCCCAAGGACAGAGGCCUGAAUUUGCGAUCUCUGGAUUCCUUGAGAUCUAGCCUGUUGAAGCAUCAAGGAAAGGAAAUUUUAGUGCACGGCACUGUCCCCAGAUUUCUGCAGGCAGAAGAAACAGUGAAAUUACAUGAAAGCACAGAUGUUCAGGAAUUUGAAGGAGAAGAAGCUAAUGAAGUUGAACAAUUUCUGAACAACUCAUUUUCUUUUUGUAACCAAAGAAAAGAUCCACUGUUUAAUAUUGUCAAGGAAGGAAAAUUGGAGUUUGCAUCUAUGUUUGAUACAGUUCAUGCAAGGGAUGAUUCCAAGGAGACAGACAGAACCACUGCGGAACUGCAUUGUAUCCAGAAAAAGCUCCUUGCAGCUUGGACUAUAGGAAUUUCAAAAGAUGUAGCAGAAAAAAAGUUAAUGUUAAAUUACACAAUACUUUGCAUCACUCAUUUUUUCUAUAUUCUUCAGUUUGUAAAAUGUCCUUUGCCUAAAUUUGACCUGUUUUUAAAUAAGAGCCUGAGGUGUAACACGUGGGUACUUUGUAUCUUUCAACUUUUUCAUCAGUGUUUAUCCACCCACUAUUGGGAGAUGAGAUGCAGACAAACUGUGGGCCAUUUGAUAAAGCUCACUGCAAACGCUGUGACGCUCUUAUUGACUCAGCAACAAAAAGACGGAUUAUUCUCAGAGAAGCUUUUAGCUUGCCUCGCUUUACUCCGAACCGUGACUGACUAUUUAAACGGCACAUGCAGUCUUCAGCCUGAGGGUGUGCCAGCAGCAGCUGAUGAAAGUAGACCAGCAGAGCUAGACUCCUUAAUGGUACCUAUUUUUCAAGCUUCUAAGAAAAAUUGGUCUUGGGACUCAUCUUUAAAGAUCUGUCCUCAAGUGACAAAUCUUGUUCAGAAGUCAGGUCACAGAUUGAUUGCCCUUUGGAGACUAUUGUACAAAAAAACCUUAUGGUAUCAAGCACAAUUAAGCCGAAGAACUCCUGAUGGAAACAGACAGUUAACUGAAAAUAUAACACAUGAAGUAUCUGUUGUCAAGACUCUGUUGUGUCAUGUCCAGACUAACCUGCAGAUGGCUGGGGAUAGCUUGAAUCAAGCCUUAGAGCUUACGCCUAUCAGUGGUGAAGAGUGUUUUCUGCUAGCAUCAUAUGAAAAGUCAGUUUGCCUAUGGCAGAAGGCUCUACAAGAAACCCAAGAGAAAGGAGGAAGAAGGACAUGUUUUCUUCAGUUACGCUACUAUCUCUCUCUCUUGUACUGUCACCUUUACUGCUAUAAUUUAAACGAUGCUCAAGGAUUAUGUGAUCACCUAGUAAGAGAGUUACUCAGCUGGUCCCAGUUACCUGUAAAAGAAAGUAAAGAUUCUUCAGCCUCUGAGAUUGCAGUGACUGGAAAUGUGCAUCCCGAGGCAGCCAUCAGAGUCGUCCAGUGCAUGGCCCGUUUCAUGGCUGCCUACUUCACCAACGAGCCGCUCUUCGUCCUGCCGCCUCACAGUGUCAGUGUUCUUCCUCCGCUUCAUGUUAAGACAGAGCAUUCCCUGAGACUUAUUCCUCUACAACACUCUAAGGUGGCCAGUAUUGUUAGAGAUCAGAAUCUCUCAAAUGUGUGGACAGUUGAAUAUACCCUCGAAUUAUUAUUUAUUGGUGGCCUGAUUCCAGAGGCUGUGUGGAUGGCACAUAAACUUGGCGACUGGAAGACAUCUGUUUCCAUUGGUGUGGCCUUCCAAGUGUUCUGUAAACAUGAUUGCAAUUCUGUGCGGUCCAAGAAAAAGGGGAUGGACCUUCCAUUAAAUAUGAUACCAGCACAGAUUUUCAAGGAAAAGCUGCAGAGUUUUUUAGGUCAGCCAGUCUCUCUGCCAGCAAAAAAUGAAAAGGGCUCAAAAUAUAAGCAAUUUACAGAUCCCAUUGAAGAAGAAGAUGCUAAUCUGCUGUUUGGGUCUGUGCAAGAAGUGCUGAAAGCAGCAGUCAUGGCUGAGGCAGAUAUCCUUUCAGAAACACUGCAGCUGUUGAUGGCCUCCGCCAAGGACUUCAGUAAGAAGCUGUGGGGCUUAGUGCCUGUCGACUUGUAUCUUCCAGCGCCUCCGUUGUAUUGCCCCCAGCCAGCUGUUCUUAGUGAGGAACAUGGUGACAAUCUUCUUUUAAAAGCUGAAAAAGAUAAUCGCCAAAAGCUGUCUGGAAUCCUGCAGCGAGUUCUCCUGCUUUUCCGGGCAUCUCAGUGCUCCUUUCCUGUAGCGCAGUGGUACAUCUUACAGCUGAGGUGGGCCAGAAAGGUCAUGCAGAAGAUUCGAGUGAAAGGGUCCCUUCCUUCUCUGAGUUCUUUCCCUGAAUCCUUACUUAAUUACUGUAAAGGAGGAAUAGCAUUCUUUAGACCUGGAGCAGCCGGAGACCACACGCUUGAUGAAGUUUCCAUCAAAGCCCUAGGUUGCUUCAGAGAACUUUGUGCUUUGUGCUGGAUGCUGCAUAUCCGAGAUAAAUUAUCAUACACUUGCAGGCAGUAUCAGAAAGCAAGAGAAAAUGCAAAGAUAGAAAAGGACCUCGAGGUGGAAUUUGACUCUUGUGUGGUUGAGCACUGUUUUGAGGCACUGGAGUGGGCCUGUAGGAUGCUACCAUUUUCUCGGUUUUUUAAUAUGGAAGAACUUAUUCAGGAUAUAAUUUUGAGCCUUAUUGGAGAACUACCACCAAUCAGAAAGGUAGCAGAAAUUUUUGUGAAAGCAUUUCCCAAUCCUGAGGCUAUAAGGGUUCCUUUAAGAGAAAAAUACCACUCUCUUCAACAGAAACUCAAACAUGGUGUUGUGAAAGGUCCUCAGACUGAGGAACUGAUGUCUGCAGUCAUGCGGUCUGCCCAUAAAGUGAGGGUGAAAGCCCUGAAGCGUGUGCAGAGGAACAUCGGCGCGUUUGAGAUGAAUGUCUGGGAGCCGGAUGGAGAAGAGGCAGCAGCUGCUCCUGCCGCUGACGGGCUGUCCCUGGGGACCAGCUGGAGCAGAAGUACACUCACGUUGGAACUGGGCAGCUCGCUGCUGCACAGUGAUGCAGAGACCUUCUCUGAAACCUUGUCUUUUGAAGAAAAACCUUGGAUACACUUCUAUCAAAGGCAUACCCCAAGUCAUAUGGAAUUAGCAUUGGUUGGUAAGCCCAGUGGUAAAAAGAAAAUAAGUAAUCAGAAAGAAAACUCCAAAAGAAAAGAAGAUCAUAAAACAUCAGGAAAAGAAGCACUGCCUAUAAUCGGUGUUUGGGAAUUUGAGCGUGACGAUGAUGAAUAUAUUAACUUCCUUGAGCUCUUCUUGAGUUAUGUUCUUGAAAGAGACCUUUGUUCCAGUGAGCCUGGCAUUCCAUUUUUGACAAGCUUUUCUGGGCACCUUAGAGAACAUGAACUUAAUUCUUUACUUUUUGAUGUUCAUACAACAUUAAAACGACGCCAGAGCAGAACCAGCAGUGAGAAUGUGUAUAGAGCUGGUUCUUGCUUUGCUGUCACUCCUGAGUCACAGGACUCUGAAAACAUGUACUCCCUAAACAGUGCGGGUGCCCAAAAUUUAGAAAGCCAGGCCCUCUCAGCUUCAGAACUAGGUAACCAGCCAGGGAGCACCUCAGAGAACCCUCUGCCUGAAGUCAUGAACCAUGAAAAAAGGGCAGGAUUGUUUGGCUUAAAACAAAAGCCAAUUUAUAGAGUUCCAGAUGACAAACGAGAGAGACCCACAGUGCAGAGACCAUCAAGCCACUCCUUUUGGAUUCCCAAGCCCAUUGAAACCGGAAGACACAGGUUCCGAGCUCUUCAGCACAGCGCUGCCCCCCCUCAGGAAGACCUUCCUCUGGCCCUUCAGAGCAUGUUGGGAGAUGCAGGGAGACUGGUAGAGUGGAUGAUCCGGUGGUCAGAUCGGAGACUGCCCUGCGAUCCUGGGGUCCCUUGGUCGUCCUGUAAAUACAGCCCAGUAAUCCGUGUGAGGACCUCAGCAGCUGCUAUUCUCACCUCAUUAUGGCUUCUGGGGCGACCCUGCUCUGCGGCAUACUCGUCAAGCAGUAGCGUUCCAAAGGUUCUAGAGAAUCAUCGCUCUGAGUCUCCAGUGGCAGCUGAGAGAGAGAGAGACACUGCUGCUGACCCUUCAGUUGUAGUAGCAGCUCAGGCCAGAGCUGAGGAGAGAAAUGACGAGAGCGGAUGCCCUCAGCGCCUCUGGAACAGACUAGCAGCUGAAGCAGAACACAGUGGAGUGAAGGAAACUGGUGGUGAGACUGUUCCUGUUCCUCCUAGGACCGAGUCAGAGUUUAGAGCUGUUGAGGAGAAUCAUUCACGAGUAGAGUCAUUCACUCAAGAUGACAUGCAUAUCUCAGACGUUGACGACGGACCUGUUGGGCGUCUCCGAGGUCCUGGUGCUGUCAGCUGCAUGCCAGUCUCACAGCUCUUGUCAGAGCAUUCCACAGACGAGGCUCAGUGUUCCAGGAAAGAACCGGCAGAGACCAGCGUGGGCACAAGUCCGACAGAACAGAAGGGUAUGAUUGAAGACUUGUCAAAAUCUGAACAUAUCAUUCCUCAUUCACUUUGUAUAGAUGCAGAUUCAGAAACUUCUAGUGCACAGAUUUCUGAAGUUAAAUAUAAACCAUCCACAUCUCCACCCCUCAUGUCAAAUGGAGCCCAGGUUACCUCACAAACACCUCAGAAGACUCAGGGAAAUGAACACAGGGCUCAGUUACAAGAUCCUUCUGAUUCUGUCAGGCAGAUGCUCCAAGAUGAGAUGUUUAAAUUAGUUCAGCUGCAGCAGAUCAAUUUUCUGAGCCUGAUGCAAAUAGUAGGACCAUCUGUUGCCAGUCUCCCAGAGAUGCAUGGACUUCUUCAGCAGGCUCAGUCUGUGCAUUUUGGGGAAAACCAAGUAUCAAAUGCUACGAGGAGUGAUUGUAUUGAAGUGAACAGCAGACAGAGAGUUUUUGCUAAACCACAAUCCAUGAGAGAGUGUACCAGAGAGCCUGGCAAGAAUAGUCCACCAGACCAUGAAAGAAUUAGCCAACCUGAUCAAGACAGUAAUGGAGAUACACAGGAUAUUCCACAUGGGACUAUUCCUUUGUGUCGAUUAGAUGGCCAGUCUGAGGCAAAAGGACAGACUGGAGCACCUCGAGGGUUCGCACCAUCUUCCUUUUCCCCUGCUCCUCCUGGAGACGCCGGCCUCCAGCUUCUGUUCACACCUGCGGCUGUGCAGAAGGCGCCUCUGCUGAUCCCGCCUGCCAGAGCGGCAGCUCCCGGAAGUGGCUUCCCUUUGCUCCAUUUUCAGCCCAAGCGUGAAUUCAAGCCCCUUUCCUUACCCGUAGGGAGAAUCCCAGAAGUUCCUUUCAGGCCCCAGGCCCCACCAAAAGAGGCUUGGGGCUUGUCUGACUCUUGCCAGCCUCCUGUGUCUCAGAGAACAGUGCCUCCCACGUUACCAUCUCCUUCAGAUUCAAGCCUCUACCAUGCUGAAGCCAUGAAAAAUGCAGAGGCUGCACUCACGGGUGUCCCGACACGUGCGAGCUCGGAUGAGUACGCUGGGCAAGGGCGCUCCGCACCUCAGCAGGAUUCUUCGGUAUUUAUAAGGCCCCCUGAGACAGCUCUUCAGAAUUCUUAUGGACUUCCUUUAUUGCACCUGCAGUUUAAGCCUCCGUAUGUAGUCUCAACACCACCAAGAGCACUAAGUAGAUUUCCCUCAGUAUCUGGCACAGAUGGAAGAAAACAUCUACAACUGUCAUUACUUCAUCCAUGCUUGCCCCCAGAGAACACGUAUAAGAAGCCACAACUUAUUCCACUUGAAAACCUCCUGGCAUUUAAAAGAAGCCAACAAAAACUAGCACACAAUGCAUUUGAACAAGGUGAUUCUGCUCAUCUUCAGUUUCUGAAGGUCAAUACGGAAGCAUCUAAAAUAACACAAGGAAAGAAGAGGCCAAGCAGACGAGCUAGAAGGGGGCUGCAAGAAGAAGGCGCUCAGAAGCCAAGAAGAAAGCCAAAUGUCAGUUUCCGACCAGAGGACUCCCUCAUUAGUAACGACUCCGAGGUCCCGAGGGAGCCCAAGGAACAACUAGGACAUAAUGAUUCUAAGCCAUUGGAUAAAUUUGACAUUCCUUUUGAAAUGCUAGAAGAUGAUAUUAAUACUUCAGCGGGACUGCAUUUCAUGGCCUCUGUACGAAAGAAAGCUGUGGGAAGUCAUGAUGCAAGUACAAACACAGACCCAGAUAAGGAAGGUGCUUUCCAAGAAGUUGAUUCUGAAAGUAAUAAAAACCAACAAGUCCUUUCUACAAGCUCAGGCAAUGAACCUUUGAAUGUUCCACAGCUUUUGAUUCCAGAUAUAUAUCUAAAUGUCAGACCUCCCACUGGAAUAUCAGAGAAACCUUUGGCUCCUUCCCCACCUCAUAUGGCUAGACACACGUAUAUAGAUGUGAUUGACAUUGAAGCUGGUGAUCUGUUGGAAUUGCCUGCCAAUGAAGAGCCUUCGGACGUCACCAACGUCACCAAGCAGCAGAGCCUUCUGCCACAAGUGCCAUCGUCAGCAGAGUUCCAUUGUGUGGAAGCUUCAGUAGUCAGUGCUGCUCCCCCUCAUAGUUUUCAGAGUCAAGAAUCUGCAAGCUCUACUCUGGAUUUAAAUUUUGAACCUGCAAAAAUGACUCAAUCCUGUCAGAGUGGGGAAAGCUGGAGAAAAAGUGUUAUCGAAGCCAAGGAGCCUGAGAUUCCCUCAGUGAUGCCAUCAGAUAGACAACAGGAUGGAGAUAUACUAGAACAAAACUUCCAGUUCAAGGAACAGAGCACAAAAUUGGACUCUGUGGGACAGUCCCUGCUUUGGACCCUACUACAGGAUGUCUCUCCUGCGUGUCCCUCUGCGUGUCCCUCUCCAAGCCCUGCUUCGUGUCCCUCUCCAAGUCCCACUUCAUGUCCCCCUCCAAGCUCUGCUGCAUGUCCCUCUCUAAGCCCUGCUGCGUGUCCCCCUCCAAGCCCUGCUUCAUGUCCCACUCCAAUCCCCACUGCAUGUCCCUCUCCAAGCCCCGCUGCAUGUCCCUCUCCAAGCCGUGCUGCUCAAAAGUUUGAACAUCUUACUGCCAGACUUCAGACAAUGGAUGAACAGCUGUUAACAGUACAGACCAUUGCAGAAAAUAUAGAGCAAGACUUCCCUGCACCUGAAGCACUGAAUCUACACUGGGAAAAGGCUGGACUGGUGGAUCGUGUUGGAUUAUCUUCUGGCCCUGAAAUUGAGAAGCUGCUAGCUUCAAAAGCCAUCAGCAUUUCUGAAGUGUCUCUCAAGACUCAAGAGGAUGUGGAAUAUCAAAACGAUGCAGAGGAGGCUUCAGAGACUGAAUUUUCAGCAAUAGAAAAUCAUUCUAGCCAGAAAGCCUACACAUGCCCUUCUGUGGGGGCUGCUGCUUGCUCUUCCGUGGGCUGGAAUAUCACGUCUCCUGGUAUGAAUAACAGCAACGAAUUAUUUGAAAGUGUUUCAGAAGAUCAGCUCCAGGUGACUGGCUUGACGGAUAUUGCUGACAUCAUUGAUGACCUUAUAACUAAAAGCGGAGUGUCCAGCCACGAGCUUGGCUUAACAGAACAUCAAGCUAGAAAUAUAGCCAGGAUUCAGCAUCCUCCUGGGCGAUGCCCCCAAAGAACUGACAAGGAGAGAAGAGAGGUUAAAGCCUGGAUGAAAAGAAAGCGGAAGGAACGCAUGGCAGAGUACUUAGGUCAGCUGGCGGAACGGAGGGGGCGGGAGCGCGAGCCCUUCUGCCCCACAAGCAGCCGGUUGUCUAUGACUUCAAGGCAGAUCAGGCAAAGACAGAAGAUGAAGUGUGAGAAGGAUCGGCAGCAGCUGUCUGACCACUACAGUCAGCGACUCUCACAAGCAUACUGUCUGAUGAAUGAACUGCUGUCUGACUCCGCACAGAUAACCGCUCCUGCGGAUAAACCCUUUCCUCACAGACACCCCUCGGCUCAGCAUCCCAGACGGCAACCGUGCUCCUCUCCAAAGAGAGGGAAUGCGCAUGAACAGAAAUCUGUAAAUAGACCUGGAGGAGGUGGACAUAGUUCCAGAUUAAGUCAUCUCCGGAAGGGGGACCCUUUGGGGCAGCCCCGAGGCUCUAAGCCUCCAUGUUGGAGCCAGCAGCCUACGAGAAGCCAUGGAGCUGUUGUGGUUCCUCCAGUACAGGAGGCGUGCACAGAGGAUGAGAGGGAAGAGAUGGUGGUGAGUCCCUGGACUCUGCCCUCCGAAAUCCACAGGAUUCUUCAUGACAGGCCCGCGUCCCUCCUGCAGGACAUGUCGCCGGCUGAAGAGGAAGAGCGUGAGCCCUCUCUUUUGGCGGGUGGCAUGGACAGCGUGUCUGAGAGCACGGGCAGCAUCCUCAGCAAACUUGACUGGAAAGCCAUUGAAGACAUGGUGGCCAGCGUGGAGGACAAGAGCCCGUCUGUGCACUGGGCCCUGGACCAGUAGGACCUGCAUAGCAUUCUCUCUCCAGAGGCUCACUGAUGUGCUGCUCCUCACAGUUUUGUGGGUUAAAGGCUGUGAAAUACUAAACUUUACACCCUGCAGCCACAGGCUUCUCUGGGCUGACCCUUCUAAGAUGGAAAGCAAACAUGCAUCGGUGAUACCGCCUUUCCGGGGACGGGUUGUUAACGAGAGAAAAAGUACUAUGUUUACAUGGGACGCAUCUUAAAUACAUGUCAAGCCAGGUUUUCACGAUAAUUACUUCAAAUAAAAAAAGUUGUAUCUGCUGCUUCCUUUACUGCCCUCUGUGUUUCCAGAAACUCCUUACCAGGGAACCUCCUGCUGCUGAGGAGGAAAUCAGUCUGUGUUUUAAGGCUCAGUUGAAAACCCUGCAGUUGAGCAGAGGAGUGACAGGAGCCCCCCCUCCCCAACCCACCCCCGACCUGCGUCCUGUGCUCUGUCUGGCCUGGUAGGUCUGGGGGAAGUCAUGGGUGAGUGCUUCAGAUGGCGAGGGCAUGG